AUGAAUUUAUCUAAUAAAUUUAUUAAGUAUGAUGUUGAUACGCGAUGGAAUUCUACUUUUAGAAUGCUAAGUGACGCUUUGAAGUCAAGGACACAGCUUGAGAAAUUCAUUCACUAUGAGAUAGAUUUCCCUCCCUUCUCACAGAAAGAUUGGACUCGACUCUCCCAAAUUCACACUGUGCUCUCCAAGUUCAAUGAGUUUACCUUGUUUAUCUUAGAAAGAAAACCACAGAUUAGUCUCAUAGUUCCAAUAUACUAUGAGCUCUAUGAUUUAUUGCAUGAUGCUGCUGAGCGCAAAGAAGAUUUUGCAGAUAUUGAGGAGGAUGUCGCAAGCGCUGUCAGAGAGAGUAUUAAGAAGUAUAUGAAAUACUAUACUUUAAUGGAUAUCUCUAACACGUAUUAUACUGCCUUGAUCCUAGAUCCUCGUGUAAAGGGAGAUCUUCUCCUAUAUGAAUUGGACAACGAGGAAACUGGCAGGAAGAUUCUCCAAGUCCUCCAUGGCAACCUUCAUGAAAAUUAUCCUGAUACUAUAGAUUAG